UAGAGAAUCAGAAUUCCAUCAGUCGAACAGAGAAAUUAGUACAAAAAAGGGGAAUUUGUAGAGAAGCGAAAAUUUGCAUUACAUUUUUCUCCAUUGAAGAGAGAAAUUUAGCUUUUCUGAGCUCAUUUCAAUGGCGGCGAACUCGACGGAGAGCGAUGCGAAGCCGAGAUUACGGAAACCGGUUUUUAUAAAAGUGGAGAAUCUGACUCCAGGUACUAAUGGACACACACUCAUCGUGAAAAUUUUGGAAUCCAAUACUGUUCUCCAGAAAGGACGUUCUGUGUCACCGCACCUUCGGAACACUCGUAUUGCUGAAUGCCUCAUCGGCGAUGAGACCGGAACGAUUCUCUUCACUGCUCGCAACGAUCAAGUUGAUCUGAUGAAGGCUGAUGCAACUGUCAUCCUUCGGAAUGCUAAGAUCGACAUGUUCAAAAGCACCAUGAGACUAGCUGUGGACAAAUGGGGACGCGUCGAGGUUACUGAACCUGCUGCAUUUGAAGUGAAACAGGAUAACAAUCUCUCCCUUGUUGAGUAUGAGCUGGUGAAUAUGGAGUGAACAAAAGGAUCUUUUUAGUGAAAGUGCUAACUAGUUGAAGUUCAUAGUUCUACUACCAGGUUUAGUACUAUUAUCCUCCAUUUUGUUGUAGUUGUGGUCCCUUGGAAUUGGAAAGUACUUACUUUGAAGAUGGUAAUAUUUGGUAAGAGUAAACUUGAAACUAGCAGGAAUCGAUGGUAUAAAAGAAAACUUAAUCUAGUAAGAUAAACCUAACUUUUUGUUUGAUGCUUUUUAUUUGCUAUGUUGCUCGGACUCUUAAAAAAUGUUGAAGGGUGUGUAUCGGAUUCUCCAAAAGCAAUGCAUUUUUGGAGGAUCCACCACAGGUGUGACAACAUUUUAUAGAGUCUGUACAACGUAAUUUAUUUGAGAAAAUGAUCCUUCAUGUAUUUCAAUCGGUUUAUCAGUU